AUAGCCGAUCUGAGCUAAUCGGGACGGGUAUAAAAGAAGGCGCCAGUGAUCGAUCAGGUUAGAGAGCCGCAUAAUGAAGUGCCUGACGCUAUUGGCGAUAUUGUUCUUGGCGACGUUGGCCUUCGUCCAAGGUGGCAAGGUCUCCAUCAACGGCAAGUGCGUAAACUGUUCCCAUGAUCAAACCACCACCACCACCCACAAACCCACGACUGGCAGAGGAAAUAGUGGCAGAACCACAGCCAAACCGAAGUCCAAAUCUCCUCCGCCCCGCAGGCCAACAUCAUCGGAGGAGGAUGAUAAUGACCUAGCCGGCUGGUCACUGCACCAAUCAGCAGGGGGAUCUCAAUAUAUAAGCAGGCGUUCUAAACGCCAGUGGGGCGGUGGUCAGUACAUCGAUCUGGGCGGAUCUGGCGGCAGAGGAGGGGGCGGUAGCUGGUCAGGAGAUGGUAUCACCACCAUCGAUUCCCGUCCCUAUCCCGGCGGAACCUUGGUGCGCAACAGCGAUUGCGUCGGAUGUAAUAUUCGGGGCUAAUAGUCCACAGAUUAUA